UAGGUUUCGGAACGUAAAAAAUCGCAGCAUCUCGCGUUUUGUGCUUCUCUCGUUCGGCUUGUGCUCCAGCGAUUCUGUUCCGAUCCGAUAAUAUUCAUCCCGAUUGUUUUAUCAUUCCGGGAACGAGGAAGUUAACGUGGUCGUGUUGACGUGGCAGCAACCAACGGAUAAAAUGUUGAGAUCACUGUUUGUUGCUUUGGCCGUGUCGGCUGUGUUUGCCGGCGUGCCGACUCCUGAAGAAACAAAGAGGAUUAUGGACCGGCUAUCGGAGGCCGAACACUUCAAAAACGAGCACCAUAAUAAGCAGUUUGACCACGAUGCCUUUUUAGGCGAAGAUCAGGCCAAAACAUUUGAUCAGCUGCCUCCUGAGGAGAGCAAAAGGAGAUUGGGAAUCAUCGUGGACAAGAUUGACGGGGACAAGGAUGGGUUCGUUUCGCUAGUGGAACUAAAGGAUUGGAUCAGAUACACGCAGAAACGGUACAUCAAUGAGGAUGUCGACCGCCACUGGAGACAGCACAACCCUAAUAAUGAUGAAGUCAUUCCUUGGGAGGCAUACAGAAAGAAUGUCUACGGCUUCAUGGAUGAGAUGGACCCCAAGGAGCUGAAGACUCCCAACAGCGAAGGUUUCACAUACUCCAACCUUCUGAAGAGAGAUCGCAGGAGGUGGACUUACGCCGAUGCGGACCAGAACGACGCGUUGAACCAGACAGAGUUCGCGGCCUUCCUUCACCCGGAGGAUCACUCGGAAAUGAGGGACGUGGUCGUUUUGGAGACCAUGGAGGACAUUGAUAAAGAUCAUGACGGUAAGGUGUCUCUGGAGGAGUACAUCGGCGACAUGUACAAGCCCGAGGACGGCGAGGACGAGGACGAGCCCGACUGGGUCAAACAGGAGAGGGAGCAGUUCAAUGGAUACAGAGACACAAACAAGGACGGUUUCAUGGAUGAGAACGAAGUGAAAGAUUGGAUCGCACCUCCAGAGUUCGACCACGCUGAAGCAGAAGCGAGACAUUUAGUCUUCGAGGCAGACACGGAUGCCGAUGAGAAACUCACUAAAGACGAGAUCUUAGAAAAAUACGACCUAUUUGUAGGCUCCCAAGCCACAGAUUUCGGUGAAGCACUCGCUCGCCACGACGAGUUCUAAAUAAGGUAGAGUAAAGUCAACGAGACGAGAUGUCUUUUGAAAAUGAACCUUACCAUCGUGUAACAUAGUUCACUUUUCAUUAAUCCUUCAGUUGGUUCUUUGAAACUCAACUUAGUUCCUAAAGUAAUAAGGUUUAUUAUUGUGUGAGGGGAUUAAUUUCGUCUUGUUGGCAUUACUGUAGCCGUUUUACUCAGGAACGUUGUUUAAAAUAAGAAUAAGAAGAAAGUGUUGAAGUUUUCAGCCAGUCCGAAGUCUUCCAUACAAAGAGUAGAAAAUGUAUUGAAUUGAAAUAGUCUCGUUUUUGAUAUAAACAAAGGAAUCUUCUCGAAUAUUGUAAUAAUCCGUACAUUAAGUAACUUACGUAUUUAGUUGCCCACAUCAUCGUUUCUACAAUCAUUUUCUUUAUUUUAUUCAUUUUACUCUAAAAGUUCCAUGCAGCUAUUAUUUAGGAAAGCUAUUAAACAAUGUUAAUGAGUAAUUAACGUUUUUAUCUAAUGUGAUACAAAAUUUUAUAUUUUGAGGCUGGUAACAUUUGCAGCACAGAUUAACAAACUUUUGAAGUGUCAAUGUCAGAUCUGUAUUUUUUUAUCCAAGAAGGUUCAAGUUGCUUUUGCAUACUUUUUAUACUGCAUAGACUUAGCUAUUUAAUAUCGAAUCUCUGUGGCAUUACUACUUUGUUAAUAAAUAACUUAGUUUUUAAGUAUCUUAGUUUCUAACAACAAAACCAAAGUUAGGUUCCAGUGAAAACUACAAUAAAUAAUAAUCUGUCGAAUGAUCUAGAAUAUUUUCUGAUUUUUUUUAUUACUUACUAUUGUAUUUUUUUCGUGCAUUGCAUUGAAAUAUUUUUUUAUUGUAUGUUUUUAUCUAUGUACGUAUUUAUUUGCAUUUAUUAAAAUUAAUAUUUUUUGUAUUAUACGUAUUUUUUGAUAUUGGGUAGAGGAAAUGCAGGAAAUGAUGGAUAUUUUUUAUGCAUUUAUUUUUGAGAAAUCUGUUGAACAUUCCAGAAUCGGGCAUUUAUUUGUAGAUUUUUUUAGCUUCGUAAUUUAAAGAAAACCAAUUAUGGAUGGGUAGUUAAGAUUCGCUGAGAUUAAGUUGUAUAAAAAUAUGCGGAUUAUUUAGCUAGGCUGCAAUUGACUCGGGAAUUUAUUUAAUAGAUUUUCAAUUUUACGGUGUAGUAAUAAAGUUGAAAAUCAUUAAUCUCUAUUAGAAUCUCAAAUACGUACACGAUGUCUAUCGAGCUGCUGGUCGAGUAGUCACAAGUGUAAUUGCCGAGCGCGAUUUGUAGUUCGUUCAUCAACAUACAAUUUUACAUACACAUGAGACCCAGACCUAAAGCAACAAUUUGUGGAACCCAGUGGAGCAAAGAGUUGCUCCGUGCAGGAAUGCCUACUACCGCGUCAACCAUGCAGUCAUAUAAAUGGUAUUGGUUAAAAUAUGCUAUGUUAACGAGUCUAUUUAGCCCUUUGAACUAUAUGCUGCAUUUCCCCUACCCCGUAUUAUAAGUGAUCGGUACUUAACAUUAUAAGAGUAAUAAGAUAUCGUUUGAUUAUAAUUAGGUGUAAAGCAAUAACAUUUUAAUUCUAACUGAUGCAUUGUGUUCAUAUAUUUGUUCUGCAAAGUACAAUAAUGUAUUAAUGACUACGUAUUGUAAUGACAGCUUAUAUUCAUAACGGAAUAAAUAUUUUUUUCGACUA